ACUUACAAUGAGUGUUAGUUUGGUCGAGUGUCUUGUUUUUUUGGGAUUUUGACUUUGGAGUAGUUUUUUUUAUAUCAAUUUCAAAUCAUUCACUGCAUUAUUUGUUAACCUUGUUGCUAACAAGCGCCAGAAACAUUGAACAGGAAAGCUUGAGUUUUUGGACGGAUUUUGAGUACAGCAUUACGGGAUAUUAGUAGAAAAUGGCUGCAUUCAACAAGAGUAGUGAUGACUGUUACUUUUACUUUUAUUCAACAUGUACAAAGGGAGAAGAUUGCCCAUUUCGCCACUGUGAAGCAGCUCUUGGCACUGAAACUGUUUGUAGUUUGUGGAAAGAAGGAAAAUGUUUUCGUCAGUUGUGCAAGUAUCGCCACAUGGAAAGCAGGAAAAAUCGUUCCCAGAUACCUUGCUACUGGGAGAACCAACCUGGUGGAUGUAGGAAGAUUCAUUGUGUAUUCAUGCAUCAAAAAGCUCGGGCAGACGUUUCUGUUGAAGGAAUGAUUCUUCCCGUAAAUAGCCAGUCCGUGGCUGUAACUAAUUGUACUACAAGUACUACACCAGGUGGAUACGGAGAACAAGUGUCUUCCACAAAUCAACUGGGAGCUCAGGGGAUUGGAGUAACCAGUGUUUCUCAAGUAAUAGCGCCUGUUGUUGUCAGCUUUGAAGAAGGUGAAGAGUCAGACAACGAAAGCUGCAAUAGUACCCCACUGAAAAGUUCUCCAUUUUUUCAACGAACCGUGAAUUUUGGAAAUGUAACUAGGCCUAAUGCAAGUAGAACGGUAAAUUUUAGUCCUGAGGGAGAUGUAGAAAAUGAUGUAAGGGUGAAAACAUUGGAACAGAUUCGAAUGGAAAAAAUGCAUAAAGAGUCAGAGAAGUUUUACAAGACGGAAUUAGAGGAACUUGAGCAGACUGGUUCAUUACAGCUUCAGUGUGUAAAUGUAGAGAAUGUUCCUGGAUGUGGAGACUUAAGAAAACACUUAAAGCAAAAACGCAAAAGUUCAGAGCCACUUGGAGACCCAGGAAAUCCAGAACCAGCUAUUAAAAAAAGAAAAGUGAUAAGACUUGGCAUGAGUGAUUCUGGUAAGAUAUUUUUUUAUUAUUACUUAAAGUUAAUAGUUAAUGCUGAAUAUUAUAAGGAAGGAGGAGUUACUCUUGGAUAUUCAGAUAAUUUAGGGAGAUCAAUGCAUGCAGUGAAAUCUAGCCCUUCGAAGGAAGAGAAAGAAAAUAAUAUAAUACAAAAACCUAAUCCCACAAAUAGACAAACCAUUCAGUUAAAACGACUGAAACCCACUCGGGAACAUAAAGAGGAGCACAGAAACGGAAGACUUGAUAAGGAGGAAAAGCCAAUAGGUUUAUCAGUCAGCAAUACUUACGAAUCUGGAAAUAAGAAUUAUACGAGUAAAGAAGAGAUUAAAGAAAUAAUUCGUGUAGAUACUUCACCAUCGGUAGACGGUGUGAUAAAAUCUGAAGAAAAUUUGAGUACAACACAGCAUGCUGACACUUCGAAAGAUAUCAGUUUUCAAGCUGAAAACGUGUGUUUGUCUAACACUAAAGAAACUAAUGAAGUGACCAGUCAGCAACCACUUAUCACAACGGCCUUACCUGAUAAAAGCAACAUUCAAGAUGGUCUACAAACAAACUCUGCUGUUACUCAAAGUAGUGAGUCUGUAUAUAUAAACUUUAGUUCUCGUGCAGAAAUCUUUUCAUCAGAUCAGUCACAGAAACUACCUGGAGAUGUACCAACAGUAUUAUCUUCUGCCUUAGUUCGUGAGAGUGAAUGUAAGACUUCAACAGAGAUUUUGUCUACUGAUGUUACCAACACUGGACAUACGAGUGUUAGAGAUACUUGUUUAGACAAGUUACAUCCUUCAGUAAAUGUGAAUAAGAAUGAAGAAAAUAUCAAUAUUACCUCGGCAUCAAGAGAGUCCAUAUGUGUAGAAGAUUGUGGUCUUGAAACUAGGAAAGUUACUACAGAAAUAGAUUCUGCUGUGAAAGAGAACAUCAGUUGUAAAGAAUAUUCAAGAAUGUCAUCCAUCCCUUUCAGUGCUGAUCUUUCAGAGAGUUCUGAUAACCCCCAGAAUGACUCAAGUAAAGUAGACACAACACUUCAGCCCUCAGAGACAUCAACAACUUUUCAUCAACAGACAAGUAGUUCAAACUUACUAAGUUCCUCCAGUAAUGAUGAUUUUUAUGAGAUAUUCAUGGGCGAGGAUGAUAUAGAUGUGUUAGUUGAAGAGAAGAACGAUGACGAACUCAUGCAAGAGUUAGAGGAUAUGAUCAACAGCUAA